AUGGCAGUGGCACUACUGCCUGCAAUAACUUACUCCCAAGACUACACAUACUCAAGAGCAACUUAUUAUGGUAGCCCUGAUUGCUUAGGGACACCAACUGGAGCUUGCGGGUAUGGACAAUAUGGAAGGACGGUCAAUGAUGCUAAUGUGGCCGGUGUUUCAAGACUCUACAAGAAUGGCUCUGGCUGCGGCGGUUGCUAUCAGGUUAGGUGCAAAGCACCAAAGCUUUGCACUGAUGAUGGGGUGAACGUAGUGGUUACUGACUAUGGUGAAGGAGACAAAACUGACUUCAUCCUCAGUACACGGGCCUACGCAAGAAUGGCACGUCCAUACAUGGCCUUAGAGCUGUUUGCAUACGGUGUAGUUGAUAUAGAAUUCCGGAGGAUCCCUUGCCGUUACCCUUAUAACCUCUUGGUCAAGGUCCACGAAAAUAGCAAGUUUGGUGUGUACUUAGCCAUAACUUUUUUGUACCAAGCUGGCCAAUCUGAAAUUUUAGCGGUACAAGUAUGGCAGGAGGAUUGCAAGGAAUGGAGAGACAUGAGAAGAGCCUUUGGGGCGGUGUGGGAUCUGCCUAAUCCACCAAAGGGUGACAUUACCUUGAGGUUCCAAGCGAGAGGCAGUGCAGGGAUAACAUGGGUCCUAGCAGGAGAUGUUAUACCAAGUGAUUGGAAGGUUGGGGUUGCCUACGACUCUGGCGUUCAGCUUGUUUAA